AUGAGGGAAAUUCUGCAAUCGUCUACCGGUGGCGCAAACGCCGGUUUUGCGGAGAAUAUUCUCAUCACUCUCCCGCAGAGAGAGCCCCCGGAGGGUUAUAACCGGCUCGUAAAGAGGUUUCCCAAUUAUACGUUCAACUUCUACGCUUUGAAGGAGUGGGAUGGGUUAUGGUACUUUGGUAUGCCCGACGAUAGCCCCCGACUUAACGGUAGGAGCUCGACUUCGUCAAGAUUUCUAUACACAGGACGCUGAUACUACUGAAAGAGUUGCUAAGACACGCAGCGGUAUUGCUUGUGGAUUGGACACUUCCGAAUAUCGAGCAAGUACCGAAUUUGAAGAUUGUUCAGUUGUCCUGUGCUGGCUUUGAUCGUGUAGUAAAGCAGCCUUUGUAUACCGAUACGAAGAUCACCUUUUGUACGGGUAAUGGCAUAUUCAGGUACCUUGCCUGCAGCUCCUCGUCUAUACCCCUCUGUCUAACUGAACUGGUACCAAAAUCGCCGAGCACGUCUUCCUGUCCCUCCUCUCAAUCCGUAAUUCCUUCGAUCAAUUGCUCUCUCAGCAGCACUCCCGCAUCUGGGACGACCUCGCCUACCCCCAUCCGAAAGACCUUUUAGGUACCACGCUCGGGAUCCUCGGAUAUGGGUCAAUCGGUAGACAAGUUGCACGAGUCGCGAACGGGCUAGGAAUGAAGAUCCAUGCAUACACUGCGUCUCCUCGACCAACGCCCGCAUCUAAGGUCGAUCGAGGGUAUAUUCUCCCGGGGACUGGCGAUCAGAACGGCAAAUUACCAGACGCUUGGUUCUCGGGUAUAGAUAAGUCUAGCUUGCACACCUUCUUAUCAGGCGUAGAUGUGCUCGUCUCCUCACUGCUACUUACCGAUUCAACAAGACACAUGCUAUCCGCUGCCGAAUUCGAAAUACUCGGGAAGAGAAAUGCCUACGUCGUCAAUGUGUCCCGCGGGGAUUAUCGAUCAUGAUGCACUAACGAAGGCGUUGAAAGUGGGCUUGUUGGCCGGGGCUUCACUAGAUGUUACAGAACCCGAGCCUUUACCCGCGGACAGUGAGCUUUGGGAUAUGAGGAAUGUGGUCAUCACCCCACAUAUAGGUAGUACUGGUAGGGGUUAUGCCAGGAGGGUCGUGGAUCUUCUUGAGGCGAGCCUUGGCAGGUUGAGUACUGGUGAAAGUAUGUUUAACAUUGUCCAGAGGGGGAGGGGGUACUGA